AUCUAAGCUUCAAUUUUCGUGAUUUUUUAAAUUUUCACGAACGGUAGAUUUUCUUGGUGUAUUGGAGAAAGUGUCAUGUCGACGGAGUUCUCUUAGGAAAAUCGUGCCGAACGUUACUGUCGUUUUGUACUUGCUGGUUAGGGUCAUAUAGAAUGCACAAGAAGAUAGUGGGAGAAUUCGCAAUGCAAUUGACUGCAGUUCCUAGGCAACCGUAGGUCAUCGAUUAACGAACAAUUUGCGAAAUUGUGUAUUUCAAGUGCAACUGGUUUUGUGAUGUAUGAAUUCCAGAAGAAUUGUCUGUAUUUUCAUAACAGUACAUUUAGAUGAUUUCUAACAGAAUAUUUCGUCUUAUUCACACGAAUGGCACCCUAUGGCAAGCCACUAACAAAUCUCUAUUGGCUAAGCUUCGCAAGAAAACAGGGUAUACCUUUACCAAUUGUAAAAAGGCACUGGAAUUGCAUGAAAACAAUUUAGAGAAGGCUGAGCAAUGGCUAAAUGAGCAAGCGCAGAAUCUAGGCUGGUCAAAAGCUGCGAAGCUACAAGGAAGACCCACAGCUCAAGGACUCAUCGCUGUGAUUGUAAACAAGGCACAUGGAGCCUUGGUUGAGAUCAAUUGUGAAACAGAUUUUGUGGCACGCAAUAAACAAUUUCACAAAUUGACAGAGACCGUUGCUUUGGCUGUGCUGAAGUAUACCACAUCUUUAACGGGCAAUGAUCUGGUUAAUAAAGCACUUUUGGAUUCUGAAGCUCUAAAUGCUUUAUCUGCACCUGAUGGUAAAUUACUUGCUGAUCAUUCUGCCCUUACUAUUGGAUCAGUUGGUGAAAAUUUAGCGAUAAAACGGGCUCUUUGUAUGAGUGUACAACCAGGAGUGACACUUGCUGGAUACUCGCAUCCAGCUUCAAUUCACCCUGCUUCACCAGCCCUUGGUCGUUAUGGCACUUUGCUUGCGCUAAAGGGCGCUGAAAACAAUGAAUUAUUGCCUAAUCAAUUGUGUCAACACAUCAUUGGAAUGAAUCCUCUGAAAAUCGGAGAUCCUCAGGUGGAUCAGCCGAUGGCGAACAUAGACGACGAAACAACGUUGAUAUAUCAAGAAUACCUCCUAGAUCCAACUCUGAAUGUCCAACAAGUCUUGAUAGAUGCCCAAGCGCAGGUUCUAGAUUUUGCGCGUUUUGAAAUGGGCGAAAUCAUCGAUACUUCUCAGAGUUUAGAUUCCGUAGAGACCUGUGGCUAAAAAUCAUAAAUAUUCCAUGAAAAACAUCCUUUAUCGGUACAUAUAAUCCCUGAUGUAUCAAACGAGAGAAUCUUCUAUCACAGGAUAAUACAAUAUUAGCGUACGAACAAGUCAUCCUUAUGAAUAUUCGCGUAAGAUAAUUUGCAGAGUACAUCAGUAAUAAUAAUAAAUUGUUAAAUAUAGAA